GGAGAAUAUUUUGCACGUGCGGAGUCAACCUCAUUCCACCAUCUGUACUGCACUCCUGCUGCCACCUGCUCCUUCUCUGGUGGAUGCAACAGCAGCUUUGAACAUCAGCUUUUCUUCUCUCUCUCUCGCAUCGAUUGUGCUGCGGCAGACAUGGAGGAUCAAGGCCGGAUGAUGCAGGCUCUGAGCGGUAUGACUCUGGCCGGACACUCGGUGCAAGAAGCGGUCGGACUGUCGGUGCCUCACAUUCACGAUGGAACCGACGGGGACGGAAGGAAGCAGGACAUCGGGAGUAUUCUCCAUCAGAUCAUGACCAUCACUGACCAGAGUCUGGAUGAAGCGCAGGCAAAGAAACAUGGAUUGAACUGUCAGAGGAUGAAGCCUGCACUCUUCAGCGUCCUCUGUGAAAUCAAAGAGAAAACGG